AAAUGUCAAACAAAAUAAAAAAUAUGCGGUGUCAAACAACCUUCUAAAUUUUAUUUGUUAAAAAAUCUAAAACACGAUGUUACUCACAAGACUAGGCCCCAGAAAUGUGUUCAAUUCAUUUAAGAUCUGUUUAGGUACCUAUCCAAGAUAUUUGACAUCAAAUAUAGAGCCUUCUGAUACAGUAGAACUGGCAUACGCAUCGUACGAGAGCACAGCUGAUUCUGUGGGUUCCUCACGGCCUCCUUUAGUAAUUUUGCAUGGUCUUCUGGGGUCUAAGAAUAACUGGAACAGUAUGAGCAAGGCUAUCCACAGGACAACAGGAAGAAAAGUAAUCAGUAUAGAUGCCAGAAACCAUGGUGACAGUAGGCACUCUUCGCAACACACAUACGUUCACAUGGCGCACGAUAUAAUGAAAUUACUCAAAAAGCUAGACCUGUCCAAGGUGUCGCUGCUCGGGCACAGUAUGGGCGGCCGCACCGCCAUGGUGCUGUCUCUGCUCUGUUCUGAUCUAGUGUCAAGCCUAAUAGUUGUUGAUAUCUCACCAGUUAAAACGAGCCCACAGAUAUUUUCGAUGGCAAAUUUGUUUGAUGCUAUGUCCUCUGUGACUAUCAGGCCGGGCAUUGCCAUGUCGAAGGCUAGGAAGCUGGCCGACGAGCAGUUGAAAGGCAUCACUCCUGAUGUGAACCUGAGGAACUUCCUAAUUACGAACUUGGUGCAGACCAACACUGGAUCGUACACCUGGAGAGUGAACAUACCUGCUCUGAAGGACAACUUCCAGUCACACAUUUCAUGUUUUCCAUCCAACUUGCGAGGCUUGCAGUAUUGUGGUCCUACUCUAUUUGUAGGUGGUUCUCUAUCUGAUUACAUUGGAAAGAAUGACCUCCGAGAGAUACAGGAAUACUUCCCACUUGCUGAUUUAGUGUUCAUCGAAGGUGCCGGCCACUGGGUUCAUAGUCAGAAACCUGAAAAGUUUCUAGAGACAGUGUGCAAAUUUCUGUCUGAAAAAUAGCUUAGAUUUAUAAUAAAUAAGUAGUACAAUUGCAUGUGAUCCUCAAAUAUCAAUUAGUUUCUGUGAUUUGAAUUUUAUUUUAGUGUUGAGUUAUUUACCUAUUGUUAACAGUGU